GAGCGUGAGCCACACACUUCUCACUUUCCCAGUUUCAACAUGGAAACAGGUGGCAUCAUUCAACAGAGCCAGAAACUCAGUAAAGCAGAGAAGAAGUUGAGGCAAAAACAGAUGAAGGCCAGACAUACACUGUUAAGGCAUGAGGGGAUCGAAUGUGUAUCCUACCCUACCAAAAAUCUGGUCAUUGCCAAUGGCGGUCUGGGUAAUGGCAUCAGUAGGUGCCAAGUGCUCAGGCUGGUGGAGGAAUGCGGGCUGGUGGAAGCUCUCUUAAUGCCACCAAAUAAACCCUAUUCAUUUGUGAAGUAUGGAACGCUAGAAGAUUCCAAGCGAGCCUACGACUCCCUCAACGGAAAGGAGAUUAUGUCAGAAGACCCCAGUCAAAACGUUGUUCUGUAUUUCAGCUUUGUGGAAAAAGUUCCUUGGGAGGACAUGACACCUGCAACCUUGCCUCCUGGCCUGAGGGUUAUUGAAGAGUUAGUUUCACCUGAGGAGGAAGGACAACUUUUGGAAAACAUUGACUGGGAAGAAGAUGAAGUUAUUUCAAAUGCUCAGAAGUCUUUAAAACACAGGAGGGUAAAACAUUUUGGAUAUGAAUUUCGAUAUGAUAACAACAAUGUUGAUCGAGAUAGUCCAUUACCUGGAGGUCUCCCAGAUAUCUGUAACAUGCUUCUUGCGAAAUGCCUGAAGAUGGGAUACAUUAAAGAGAUUCCAGAUCAACUGACUGUAAAUCAGUAUGAACCUGGACAGGGAAUCCCACCUCACAUUGAUACACAUUCUGCUUUUGAGGAUGAAAUAAUCUCUCUAAGUCUAGGAGCUGGGAUUGUUAUGGAUUUUAAGCAUCCUGAUGGAUGUGCAGCAGCAGUUAUGCUCCCUCAACGCAGUUUGCUUGUGAUGUCUGGAGAAUCUCGAUACCUUUGGACUCAUGGCAUCACUCCCAGGAAGUUUGACAUUGUUCAAGCGUCUGAAGAGCAGAAAGUUGGAACUGUCACUGCUGACAUUAGUGAUUUAACUUUAAACAAAAGAGGAAAGAGGACAUCUUUCACUUUCAGGAAAGUGAGGAGAAGCCCUUGCAAGUGUGCUUAUCCUUCUGUAUGUGACAGUCAGGGUAAAGUCACAGCACCUUCAUUCCCUGACAGUGAAAGAGAAGCCUCAACGCUCGAGAAAAAAUAUGUCCAUGACGUGUAUGAAGAGAUCGCGCUACAUUUCAGCAACACCAGGCACAGUCCCUGGCCACGAGUAGUUGAAUUCCUUAGAGCUUUGCCAUGUGGGGCUGUUGUGGCAGAUGUUGGCUGUGGGAAUGGAAAGUAUUUAGGAGUCAGCCAGGAUGUGUAUAUGUUUGGAUGUGAUCGUAGCAAGACUCUUCUGGACAUCUGUGGGGAGAAAGGAUUUCAGGCUUUUAUGUGUGAUGCACUCUCUGUCCCAAUACGAAGUAACUCAUGUGAUGCCUGUAUCUCCAUUGCGGUCAUCCAUCAUUUUUCAACAGUGGAGAGAAGGCUGGCUACUCUCAGUGAGUUAGUCCGGCUCUUGAGACCUGGUGGAAGAGCCCUUGUGUAUGUCUGGGCUCUGGAGCAGGAAUACAACAAACAGAAGUCUAAAUAUCUGAAAGGAAAAAGAGCUGGAAAUGGUAAGGUGGAAGAAACAAUUAGCAAUGCUCUGAAGGAGACGGGAGGCAGUGAAUGCCAAGAUUCUGCACAUCACAAUGAAGGUCUUAGUCCACUGCAGGACAAAUGCUGCAGUGUGAGUCAAACCAUUCCUGCCCAGCUUCCUGUUCAUACCAACAGAACUUCGUUUGACUCCCAAGACUUAUUGGUCCCUUGGCAUCUGAAAGAUAGCACAAAGAAGAAAACGGGGCACACCAAAUUACAUCAGCCUCUGUCUAGCUCAGAUAAUUCUCAGACAUGUAGUCCUGUUUUUCACCGUUAUUACCACGUCUUCUGUGAAGGAGAACUGGAACUGCUGUGCAAAAGGCUGGAUUAUGUAAAGUUAAUCCUGCUUAUACCAUCAUCCCAGUCUCUGCAGCCAGAACGAGCCACAUUGAUUAGGAUUUUUGGGUUGUGAAAAGUCUCAUUUGUGAUAAUUUGGUUUGAGCAUUAAAAGCUGUGUGGUAGUGAAAAGCAGAGGGGAUUGAAGAAGCAUCUGGCUCUGUCCCAUUACCGGAGACAGACUGAAGAUAUCCUUGGCUUGCUUCUGGCUAUGGAGACAUAGCCAGUAACAGGAUGGCCAUUCAGGAACACUAUCACAGUGCUAGGGUGAGAUGGGGUGCAGGGAGACAGGGGAGCUAUAGCAGAGUUUCACAUGUGAAAUUCUUACCCUGCACUUGAACAUAUAGGUUCUCAGCCAUUAUCAUCAUCAUCAUCAUCAUCAUCAUCAUCAUCAUCAUCAUCAUUUUUGCCUGGAGCUGAAAAGGACAUAAUGAAGAUCUUGUCUUGCCUGAGACAUCUCAUACCUUUCAGAAAUAUAAGCAGUUACGAGACUGGCAUUAGAGUUUGGCAUCAUCAGGAAAUUCCAAUGGGACCAAAGUCAACUCUUAGGACUUUAUCACAUGGGGGAAAUAGGGCUAAAUCGGGGUUUAAACAGCCAAUUAUCCCGUGCAAAAUGCGAUAUCACAUCUAAGAUUUUCACAUGAUGUUGCUAUUAAAGAGGCAAUAAGCAGCAACAAAUCAUUCACGGGGAAAUUCUGAAAAUGAUUUGUCGCUGUUUAUUGCCCCUUAAUGCCUUUAUUGCAUCCCGUCUCUCUCAUGUCACUUUUCUGUAAUUUUUGCUUGUGUGAUACUCUCCAAAGUGUCAGGGUGUGUAAAUAUAUGUAUAUAUUUCUAACAUAAACCCAAGGUGUUUUGGCCUGAACAGUACAAUACAGCCACUGGGCUCUGUUUGAUCUCUGAAGUCAGGCAGGCUCAAGUGUGAAGGGGUGGGCAGUAUAUAUGUGAUAAUAAUUAUAUGCCAGGCACAGACCAAAGAAUUACAGAAUAAUAUAUGGGUAUGCUUUGUAUCAAAUGCUAUAUAAACUACAUUUGUUAAGAGACAUUAUAUUAAAAUAGAUAAAACUUUAUAAAUACAAAGCAAUUUGAAAAUCAGCUUUCAAAAAUUUCAGAAAAAAAUGUCUCCAAGAGUGAAAUUGGAGCUGUUGCUUUGGAGGGAGCAAUUUUACAUAAUACUGGAUUUCUUCUUCUUCUUUUUUUAGUAUUAUUACAGUCUUGCUGUAUUUGGUAAUGUCAGUUUUAUGCCUCUUCUAAUUUAAGGUCUUUGAGAUGAAUGUUGUUUGUUAUGCCUGGUGCAGUAGUGUUUUGUUUUGUUUUUGUUAGAAUUAUUUUCUGUAGGAGUCUGAAAUAGUGCUUUUCAUGAAACAGGCUGUACCAGCAUCUUGCAAAUCCUACUAAGCAUACUAAUGUGUAGAAAGUGUUUAAAAUCUACUCUAAAUAUCCUGAAGGUACCAGGACCUGUUUGAUCGUGGAAGUUAGGCAGAGUCAGGUUUGGUUACAGAAUUCAUGGGGUGACCAUAAGGCAACUUGAAAGCAUUAUUUUUACAUUAUUCUAUUUUGGACUAUGUUCUGACAUAACUCAAAUGGGUUAACAUGGAUGAUCGGAAUUGUUCUCUUCAUUAUUUUCAGUUUUUCUGAUAUACUUUAAAAAAUCAGGCUCAGGAACUGGAUGUUCUUGAAUCUCCUCAAUUUCUUUCACUUGAUUAAAGUGUCCCUCAGAUCCUAAGCAUUAUUUACUUGGAUAUCUUGCUGAUAUGAGUCCUUUGUCAAACCCAAAAACCUUUGGUUUCCUAACUUCUUGAUUCAGCUCUGAAGGUGUGAGGUCAAUACUACUAACUAAUGAGUCAUCGGUUUGGAUAGCAAUAGAAGUAGAACAGCCUUUUGGUGGUGAGGGGCAGAAUAAAAUCAUUAAUAUAUGGUUCCCUGUGUGUUCUGAACUACUGGAAUGAAGUAUAACAUGAUAACUGAGUAAGUAAAUAGAAAUCCUCCUUUAAAUAGGUUUUCUCUUUUGGUAGGAGAGCGAUGCCAUUUUAGUAGCUAGAACAAAGGGCUAGUUCCUUAUAAGUGUAUAUGUUUGUAUCUAUGCGUGCAGAUUUAUGAACAGAAAAGUUGGCAAUGAAGUUGAAGUGGAUAUGCACGGUCUGCUGAGGAGGAGAAGAAGGGUUAGGAAGAUGUCUUUGGUGAAAGUCAAAAACGGACCUACACGUAAUGAGGUGACACACUAACCAGCAGAAGAGCUUGAAGGCCUGGCCAGGGCACAAGACAAGAGAAAUGGGUUAAUGGGUAAUAGCAAUGGUUUAAUGGCGCCAGAUAAAUGAGCAUGACAAUGGGAAGCUGAGACAAAUGGCAGCCAAUUAAAUGGAGUCAGCCUAGUGGAAUGGGAACCGAAAUGGGAGCAAUUAAAAUAAAUAACCGUGGUAGAUAUUAAAUAUAGCACAGAAGCAGAGCCAUCACUCUGCAUGACAGGAGGCAAACAAGCAAUUGUUCAAGUGGGUUGGAAGCACACAGUUGCAAAGUCUAUAAAACCCACACCCAAAGGCCAUGAAGUAGCACUGAGCAUUCAUUCUGAAAAUAUUUCCACACCUUGAUGCACAACCUGGUAUCGAUCUAAAAAUGGGGGGGUUGACUGUGGCCAUGCUUGUGGAUGAUGUCAAAUGAGCCAGUAGUUAGCAAUAGCAAUUAAAUUGUAUCUCUGGGUGAAGGGCUGCAUUAGAUGACACUGACCAGCAUUUUCCAGUGUUAAAAAUCUGACACUAAAAAAAUAAUAACAGUUUUGUUUUAAACAGCAGCUUGAUUUUUAGAAAUCAGCAGGUACAAAUUUUAUGGCAUAGAGUUGAAUAUUUUGAUUUCUUCUAUUUCUUGUGUUUGGGCAUGGGUGAAGCCCAAACAGUUCCAUCUAUUCACAAGGAGGAAAAACUGGUAUGUUGAGUUAACUUCAAAGUUUGAAGAAAUAUAAAUAACCCUAAGGUACAGUCCCCAAACAGCUGGAUGAAGACAUAAGUGAGUAUGCUGACUCAAACUGAAAUAGGGGAUGCAGUGAAAAGAAUGCUAGAAAAGGGAUGAAAUAGAGCAUCAUGGAGGAGGGUGGCGUUAACUGAUAGGAACAGUGAACAGAACAAUGUGUUACAAGGUUAGAGAUGUGAAGGCUUGGGGGGGGGGGCGGAAACUGGAAAAUUUCAGAAGAAAAAAUAUAUUGCCAAGGACUUUUAUUUCCUGGGAUGAAAAUGGGAAAAUCAAAAUGGGAUGAGGAGGUAUGCUAUUUAAAUGAUGCAUGUGUCGUAAGAGUCUGGAAGCCACGGCAA